AUGAAAUGUUUAUCCUUAGUUACAGUUUAUUCUAGUUUUAUUGCUUUAGCUCGUGCUAACAAUUGGGCAACUUAUCCUUCCGUUGCCAAAUCUGCCAGUAUUAACGGAUUUGCUGACCCAAUUUAUACUAAACUACCCGAAUGUGGUCAAGAAUGUGUUGAUAUACCUACAGACAAUACGCCAUGUCCAUAUUGGGAUACUGGAUGUUUUUGUGUUAUGCCCCAAUGGGCAGGCUUAAUAGGUGAAUGCUUUGCUUCGAAAUGCUCUGGAGACGAUGUCGCCAGUGCUACAAGUUUAGCUCUCUCCUUAUGCUCGAGCGUCGGUGCUAACAUGUUUUUAGUCCCAGCAUCUAUCACCGCUGUACUUAAUGAAGCUGCUGCUGGAAAAGCACAACAGGAGGCUACUACCACUGAUUCCUCAGCUUCAUCUACAAGUAUCAGCGAGUCGUCGAUUCAACUGGGAUCUGAAUCCACAACCGAAAACUUAGCUAUGAUGAGUGCAAAUUAUGAUAUUCUCUCGGUAAUUGUUGUUCUUCUUGCCACUUUAUUCUUAUGA